CAGUGCAGCUCAUCCCUGCCCCGACUGGAGUGUUAGAGCUGCCCACAGUGCUGCCAGGCAUCCCUGCAACAAGAAGAAGAAGAGAAGGAGGAGGAGGCGGCGUGUUGGACUGGGAGAAGCAAGCCAAAGGGAGGGAAAAAAAUCCGAGUGUGGCACGCUGUGUACGCGCUCAGUGAAGCUUUCUCUGCCAGAUCUGAGGCUCAUCUGAAGUACAUUAAAGCCUGGAGAAGAGCGAUCGCCUCUGACUGCGCUGAAGGCUCCUAUUUGCUGUCAGAGGUACACCCAUACAUGUAGCAGCAGCUCCUCCGACAGACUGUGUGUGUGUGUGUGUGUGUCUCCUUCAGUCAAAAAUAUUUUCCAGACUCCAGAGGGCAAGGCUGGAGAGCGAGAGAGAGGCGCCAUAAAAACUUGGGGCCAAAGGUUGUCUGUGUGGCGACUUUUCUCAGAGGAUAAACCCCAACUUCAAACAAAACACGGGCCCUAUCGCUCCUGCAGGCGUGUCCAGAGGAGGCCUCAAGGACGAGUGAGAAGCCUUCGCAUAAAUACAGGAAACACCUGAACGUUUUCCACGGUUCCGCCACAGGAAAGACGGCUCCAGACAACAUCUUCUGCGCGUAAGAAGCUCCCCGUCAACUCAUCAGUCAAUCAACAUGUCGCGCUGGGGCAGGAAAAAUGUGAAGAAGACGCCGGAGGUGAUCCGCACCGUGACAGAAGGGCUGAAGUCCCUGUAUCGGAAGAAGCUGCUGCCUCUGGAGCAGUACUAUGGCUUCCAUGACUUCCACUCUCCCAGCCUGGAGGAUGCGGAUUUUGACAACAAGCCAAUGGUGCUCGUUGUGGGACAGUACUCCACGGGAAAGACCACUUUCAUCAAGUAUCUCCUGGAGCAGGACAUUCCCGGGAGCAGGGUGGGCCCUGAACCCACCACCGACUGCUUCACGGCCAUCAUGCAUGGGGAUGUGGAGGGAGUCAUCCCGGGGAAUGCCCUUAUUGUAGACCCCAACAAGCCUUUCCGCAAGCUCAACCCAUUCGGAAACACCUUCCUGAACAGGUUCCAGUGUGCCCAGAUGACCAACCAGGUCCUGGAGAGCAUCAGCAUCAUCGACACGCCAGGAAUCUUAUCCGGGGCAAAGCAGAGAGUGAGCCGAGGUGAGCGAGGUGCCAAAGGCUACGACUUCCCGGCCGUGCUGCGCUGGUUUGCCGAGCGCGUGGACCGCAUCAUCCUGCUGUUCGACGCCCACAAGCUGGAGAUAUCGGACGAGUUCUCGGAGGCCAUCGGCGCCCUGAAGGGCAACGAGGACAAGCUGCGGGUGGUGCUCAACAAGGCCGACAUGGUGGGCACCCAGCAGCUGAUGAGGGUGUACGGCGCCCUGAUGUGGUCUCUGGGGAAGGUGUUCGGCACGCCGGAGGUCCUGCGCGUCUACAUCGGCUCCUUCUGGUCGGAGCCGCUGAUGGUGACGGACAACCGGAAGCUGUUUGAGCUGGAGGAGGAGGAUCUGUUUGCGGACAUCCAGAAUCUGCCUCGCAACGCGGCUUUACGCAAACUCAACGACCUGGUCAAGAGGGCGCGUCUGGUCAGGGUCCACGCACACAUCAUCAGCUACCUGAAGCAGGAGAUGCCCUCCGUCUUCAGAAAGGACAAUAAGAAGAAGAAUCUGAUUUAUCAGCUGCCGGUGAUCUUCUCCAAGAUACAGCUGCAGCACAACAUCUCUGCCGGAGACUUUCCAGACUGUACUAAGAUGCAGGAACAACUGAUGGUUCAUGAUUUCACCAAGUUCAAAACCUUGAAGCCGAAUCUGAUGGCGGCUCUGGACGAGCUGCUGUCUGCAGACAUCGCCAAGCUGAUGCCCCUCCUGCGGCAAGAGGAGCUGGAAGCGGGCGAGCAGCCGGGCGUGCAGGGCGGGGCCUUCCUGGGAACCCGCGCCGGGCCCUUCUCGGGGGGCGACCCCUUCGCCGAGGAGAACGGCGAAGGAUGCGAGGAGGAGGAGGACUGGGUGGUGAACAAAGACAAGCCCAAGUAUGACGAGAUCUUCUAUAACCUCGCUCCCAACGAGGGCAAACUGAGCGGCCCCAAGGCGAAGGACUGGAUGGUGAGCUCCCGCCUGCCCAACUCCGUGCUGGGCCGCAUCUGGAAGCUGUCGGACGUGGACCGCGACGGCAUGCUGGACGACGAAGAGUUUGCCCUGGCUAGCCACCUGAUCGAGGUGAAGCUGGAGGGCCACGGCCUCCCCCCGGAGCUGCCCGACCGGCUCAUCCCGCCCUCCAAACGCAGGCAGAAGGGCUCUGAUGCGUAGAGAGAUUCUCCACCGUUGGCCGUCACGCCUGUGCUGCUGUCUGUAUUUACUCCUCCUUUCACCGCAGACCCCCGUCACAGUGUUGUAUGUAACUUUAACGUUUCCUCUGAGGCUGAGUUCAGUCUUGCACAAUGGGACAUACUGUAUUUAAAUAUAAGUCUUCGAUUUCAGACUAAUAACAAGGGCUCCCCGCAAACGAUUGUGUAUUUAGAAGUCACACAGGUCUGGCUGCCCCCCCCCCCCCCCCAUUCCCCCCACAAACUUUGCUUUUAUAUGAGCAGCUUUUUAAAGUAUAUCCACUUGUGUUUGCUGAGCAGAACUAAAUAAAGGUCAGCGCCUUCUGAAUGAGCAGUAUUCAGCAUGUAUUCCAGAGAACACAGAGUUUCUGUAAGUCUUCACAGUGCCUCACAUUCCUGCAGCGACUCCACUGAAGACGGUCACUCCAGUGGGGAUUUCUUCUAGGAAAAAAAGUAUUUGGAAACGUUUAUUUUGCUCUAACAACUUGUGUAUAGCAUUUUCUAUCAAAAAAAUCUCCAAAAACCCUCUGCAUAUAUUAAUAGCUUGAGCGCGUUUCACUUUGAUGCUUUAAAUGCCACAUUUUUGUGCAGACUUUAUAUAUUAUUUUUGUAUUUGUUGCUGUUGUUUUGUGUAUGUGCAGGAGCCGAGACCUCCGUUACAUGAAAGAACAAUACAAGCUGAGCAGAACCUUGUAACUAGACUGAAUGGCGUAACAUUGACUACUGUGCACAGCGCCACCAACUGUUAACUGUUAUUGUAACCAAAUAAAGUUCUCUGACUGUG